GUUACAGAGCUAGCAAGGAGAUCCUAAGUAUUAUAACGAAAUUCGAACUAGAAUCAUUGAAAAUGUGGUCGAAGAAAAUUAACAAAUUAAGUGUAUUUCUAUUAUUGAUGGUCCUAGUAAAUGUCUCCCUAGGUGAAACUACUUUGGACCCUUUAACAAGCGUAUCUGGCCAGAAUCAGGAGCUUAAUGGAGAUGCAGUAAUUGUGGAAAAUCUAAAUUCAAUUGAGGGAAGUGGAAAUGCCGAAGAUGAAGUUUUACUAGUAACUGAGACCGCAAAUGAUUUGGAAAAUCCUACUGAAUCUGUUACAGAAUCUGCAAAUAAUGCUGAAGAUGUUCAGAAUACACAGUCUCCCAACAAUGACUCGUCUAGUACAGAAUCAAUUAUUGAAACAACUACAACAACAAAUCGAAUAGAAUGUGUUUGUGAUUGUACUGCGGCUAAUGGUAAUCAAGUUACAGUUGGUUGUUCUACCCAAACGCCAGAAGUGAUAAUAACCGAAACUACACAACAAACAGAGGAAAACACUUCCUCUAACAAUGACUCCACAUUGCCGAACAGUGAAACUACCAAGUCAGACAUUGAAGAAGAAACUACAGAAACCACUAGUGAAUCUAAUGCAGAACAAACUACUGACGAACCAGAAACUACUACUCCAGCAGCUCCUCCAGUUUGUUCCACUCCCGGUAUACAGGCUAAUGAGCUAAAUUGCCAACAAUAUAACGAUUGUUCUUUAGAAGGAUCUCUUGAUGGCAGCUUUCAUUUGCUUACAAAAUCAUGUCCCGAAAAACAAGCCUUCAAUAUUGAACUUAAUCGUUGUAGUCGUGAUAUUUCCUCUUGUUCUCUGCCCAUUCAGUGUCUAGUUAAAGGUGGAGUAGCUGAUCCCACCAGCAAUUCUUCAUAUUAUCUAUGUGAACCUCGUCUCAUAGGUGCUGGUUUUCGUAUUUUUCAUAUUGAUUGCGCUUCCCAUGAAAUUUUCUAUCCAGAAUUGGGCAAAUGUUUUGUAGACUUUAAUAAUUUACCCACCCAAGAUGUGCCGCUCUUUGGUUGGAAUCAAAUCAGAGAUAUUGACAUUGUUAAGGCCGAAUUGAAGCUAUUAAAGGAACAGGAUAAACUGCAACUGAAACAAGAAAAAGAACGCCUGAAAGCUGAAGAAAAAUUACAAAAAGAAUUGGAAAAAGAAGCAAAAAAGAAAGCGAAAGAGGAAGAGAAAAUCAACAAAGAAAAGGCCAAGUUACAAGCCGCUAGUAUUGUGUGUGUCCAGGAAGGUAAUUAUGCCUCCGAAAUUGCUGAGAAUAUUUAUUAUGCCUGUAUUACCAAGAAGGGUAAAUUGAAGGCUAUACCCAUGCAAUGUGGUUUUGGAGCAACAUUUAAUGCAGAAACUGGUACCUGUAUCAACAGUUUAGCCAACCUUAACGCUAGUGUUAGCGAUAAUGAUGAUGAUGACGAUGAUUAAAUUUAAAAUUUGUUUAAAAUAUUCAACUUAUGGUGUGUUCAAUUUGUUUUUAAUAAAUAUUUAUUAUUAAUAAAAAAAAAGUUCUUAAAUCUA